UCAAAUCACGGAAGUGUUGGAGCCGACACUUAUCUACAUGUACAUGGUUAGAUUACGGCCAAUGUGAGUAAACAUGAAUAUCGAAUCAAGGCCGAUCUCUGCUAAAACUGCCGACGAUACAAUUCCGCCAUAUGAAACGUUCAAAGGAGCACGUGUCCAACGACUAUGGGGAACAAAGGAACCAAGCAUUAUAACUCAGGUUCUCCUUCGAGCAGCAGUCUACGCGCAGGGACCAAAGGGCGAAGCCGGAGUGAUUGCACGAACGGAAGGAAUCGAGUACAAUACCGUGCAGGAAUUAAGUCUGAAUUUUCAAAAUAUUUUAACGAUCAGCAACUUGGAUGAAUUUGUCAAUUUAACAAAGCUGCAGCUGGACAACAAUAUCAUUGAGAAAAUAGAACAUCUGGAUAAAUUAAUCAAUCUGACCUGGUUAGAUUUGUCAUUCAAUCGGAUUGAAAAGAUUGAAAACCUGGACAACUUAGUAAAACUUGAAGACCUAAGUUUGUUUAACAACAAGAUUUCGAAACUCGAGGGUUUGGAAUCCCUUAAGAAGUUGAAAUUUCUGUCUCUCGGGAGGAAUCGUCUAGAUGAUUUGGAAGAAGUUAUCUACCUACGCCAAUUUGAAAACCUUCAGUCGCUUACACUGGAAGGAAAUCCUUUAACCAACGACCAGAAUUAUAGACAAUACGUCUGUGCGUUUUUGUCAGAACUACAAUAUUUGGAUUAUCAAAGAAUUUUGGAUGAUAUGCGCCACAAUGCCUACAUGCAGUAUCAGAUGACGGUCGAUCAGUUGAAUGACAAACACAGGGAAGAACAUGAGUUCAGUAAAAUCUGUGCAAAACGAAUGAUUCAGGCAGAGUAUUACGCGAACGCGUUUGUGGACGAUUUUGAAGGGGAUACUUUGUAUCAGUCAAUCAUGGACGCCGAUCCAGAUGGAGCACGAUUCAUGCAUCUACCACUCGUUGUAGAGGUUGUGGAGCAGUAUCGAGACAAACUGGCUGACAGUUCGAGAACCAUUUUCCAAUUUGGACUGGAGGAGUACGCUAAACGGCAACAGGAGGAGGGCUGUCUGCGUCAGGUACUCUGCGAAGUCAAGGAUGCCGAUCGGGAGGCUGGAAUACAGCUCAUAAAUGAAUUCCAAGAAAUCAAGAAAAAGUCAUUGGCUCGUCUAGAAAGCAUUCCAGAAACACAGACUAGUAUAAUAGAGGAUAUUUUGGCUGGAUAUCGAGCACAAAUCCAUGAACUUUGGCAUCAGCUAAUGGCAAACGAAAUGGUCAUUGCGGAACAAAUAGAGGAAGUGUGUACAGAAUUUGGAAGAAAUAUAAAAGAAAUGGUCACCUACUUUCUAGAAAACAUUCAGAAUUACAUGUCCAAGUGUCGGGAGGCUGCUUCAAACUUUCAUGAACGUCUUGUUGAAGCGACGUUGCCAUACGCCGAACGACUGGCCAAAGCAGACCCUUCAGAUACGGAACAGUGAAUCCGUCAACAUAGGAAGGAAUCAAAUAAUAUCUUCGAAUUGUCUGACCUCCGUGAGGGGGGUAAAAUCCUCGGGAAAGGCUGGAACCAGUGAUUUUAUUUAGUGACAUUUGUGAUUUUCUAUAUGGAGGAAGCUUGUCAGGCUAAAAGCCACCACGUCCUGGAACACUGCCGACGAACCAUUUGCUGGAACAGGAGUAACGCGGACCACCCAGCUGGCACCACGUGGAGGUUGUUCAGCUAUACAGCCAUGAAAUUCUUGAGCAACUAUGUAUUCCAUGGCUCCUAAUCUAUUCCAUAACCAUCCUCAAGCAGAAGAAUAAGCAGUUUUAGCCUUUUUCUACUAUUUCACAAAGCCAUCUUCAGGUCCAAAUAGCAUUAGGAAACUAGAGUCAUCUGAGUACAUUGUAUGUGCUCCAAACUGACCUAUGAAUGAAACUGGACACACUGACAGUCUAUAUUCUACAGCAUACCACGUCU